AUGGGCCGCUCGGCCAAGGACUUCGCAUUCGAGAAGGUCUUCGCCGACGCCCAGGCCGUUGCGGCGGCAAUCGACACCAAAUUAGAGUUCGUGCAGAACCAGCUGGACGCGCUGAAGGCGGGCCGCUGUUUGAAGAAGGCGAGGGAGAAACACUACAAUGAGACGGUUCUUGCACGCUAUGCGCAUCUAUUGAAUGGAGCGACGCCCUUCUUCCACGGCAUCUCGCAGAGCUACAAGCUCACCUUCCCGACCACCGUCGCCGCGAAGACAUUCCAGCAGAUGAGGCAGAAAGCUUUCAAUGGCAUCUUCGAGCCCUUCCUGAAUGAGUUGAAGAAGAGCCCCAAGUGGGGCCCGUCAUGCCGCCUGGGGGUGAACGGAUUCAAAGGAGUUCUAUUGGUUCGUGAUGAUGAGGACAUCUGGGAGAUCGUCGCAGCCAGGGACAAGUCGAAGUCGGAUGUGGAGUUCAUUCCAAUCCAUGAGGAGCUCGCCGAGUGGGGAAUCAGCGCUGAGAAGGUCUCAUUUGCUCGCCUUGACCGCAUUUACACCGCGCUCGCCUCGCAGGACCUGCUGGACCUCUGCCCGAGGCGGAUGGCGACGUCGGCGGAGCCCGUGCCGCGCAAGCCAUUGCUCGUGUCCGCCGUCUCGGCCAGGCUCCUUGACCUCUGGGCAGAGUCUGAUGAGAUCUGUGUGGCCUGGAGGUAUAAUAUUAUGACUCGGCACUCGAUCUUCAUGCAGAUGAAGAUUGCGUAUGAAGAGUUCUAUAGGUGCCUGCGCCCGUCCCUCGCGUGCCCGCCGGACGCCCGCGGGCGCCGCCGCCCCGGCGCGGGCGCGGGGGGCUGCUCGGCGGGGGCCCUGUGGGUGGAGCUCUCCGGGCCGCAGGAGCUGUGGGACGCCUUUCAGCCUGGCGUCCCAACGCGCGCUGGACGCACGUGCGGAGCCGCCUCAGCGAAGGACGCGGCCGCGCGCGGGCUCGGCGCCGACGUGGGGCCCGCCGUUGACGACGCCGAUGCGAGCCAGCAGCCCCCCUGCGCCUCCCUCGCCGUGGUGGACUUCAUGGCCGCCCUCCCGCCCUUCGAGGUCACCUACUUCCGGUGGGCGACGGGCCGCCGGCCGCCGGUGGGCGUCGUGCUGGCGCUGAGGCAGCCGCCGGAGCUCGCUGCGACGUGCCGUAGCGUCUUCCGGCUGCCGAGGGAGCUGAGGCAGGAGCGCCUGGCGGCCCUGCAGGAGUCGUGGGAAGCCGAGGCGGCGCGGGAGCUCUCCAGCUGGGUGCCGACGAAGGAUCCCAGCAGCGGGCAGCAUUACUACUACAACAGCCAGACGCAGGAGUCGUCGUGGCAGGCCCCGAAGGACGCGCUGCUGCCCGCGCACUACAUGCGCAUGAAGGCGACCGAGCUCGCGAGGUUCCAGGACCUCGGCUCCCCGCAGUCGACGGCCUGCUCGGAAGGCCCGACGCCGCCAGCACCUCGGCCCUGCGAUGCCGACGCGCACAGGAGGGUCAGCGCGAGCACCCUCGACGCGCAGAGGAGCGUGCUGAGGUCCGAGAUGCCGCCCACCGCGGGCUUCCCGCUGGUUGCGCGCAUCAGCGAAGUGAUUGCGCCUGCCGGCUUCAUGCAGCCGACGUGA